UUGUUUUUCACAGGCUACGGCGGUGGACGAGGUCGUGGCGGAGGUGGGGGAUUUUUGCCGAAACGCCCUGAACCGCCAAGAGGUGAUAUCAGCAGCGUUGAAGUUUACGCCCCAUUAGAAAUUAUCAAGUCAGCAGAAAUAUGGGAAGACAUGAAUACGAUGAGCGUAGUAAGUAUUAUAUAUUUAUAUUCUGAUCUUGACAUAUCAGCCGUUACGUUUCUCUAUUUCAAAUUUUAAUU